AUGAACAAUAGCUAUAUCGAAAACAGAACGGUACAUAUCGAUCGAACUGCUCCACACAUCAACAACGUAGGUCUUAUGAAGAAUGGUGUGAAAAGCUUAUUUGUACACAACGACAUGGAUCUUUCAAAAAUGAAUCUGUCAUUUGAUGCAUUAGAUCCACACAGCGGAAUACUCAAUAUUGACUGGACAUUUGGAAUAUUAGAUUCUGGUGUAAUUCUUGGUUUUCAGAAGAAUGGUCCAGUUCACAUUGAAAAGGAAAGCUGUACCAAGACCUUAGAAAAAUGCUAUUGUCCUCAAAUUGGCAGUUGUGAGAUUUUCGCUUACAAUAUACCAUUGAAUAUACUUGUUAAGAACAAUACGAAUAUAGGAAAUCACAAUCGGAAUUACUUUUUCACUGUCAAAGUGACAAACAACGCAGGUUUAUCAAACAUAGAACACAUGGACAUUCUUGUUGACAAUUCACCACCAGAAAAAGGCGUGGUUUAUGAAGGACCUGUUGGUACACCAGACAUUGACUACACUAGUGACACGUCUUUUGUUAUCCGUUGGCAUGGUUUUAUUGAUCAUGAGAGCGGCAUUAAAGAAUACAGAAUUAAAUUAUCGGACACAUGUGUAACAAAGGAGAAACUCUUAACAAAUGAUGGACACCAAAACAUAAGCGAAUACAUUAAAGUACCUUAUACCGAAUCUACAACACGAAUAAAUGCGCAUUUUACAGGAAAGAAAUAUGUAAAUAUCAUUGCGAUAAAUAAUGCCAUGGACGCAUCAGAAGUUGCUUGUUCCGAUGGUAUAACACGAGAUGACACGCCUCCAGAUGUCCAAAAUGUACGAUUGCAGCAUGGAAAAUGGUCAGAGUCUUUAUUUUGUACGAGGGGUUAUGCUUGGCACUUAAAAUCUGAUUUGAAGAAAAUGAUUUUACCAAAUACCACUCUUUGCAACCAACGAUGUAAGGAAGAUAGUACCGGGUUAGAUAUAUUCAAUGUCCUUCCUAUCAAAAAAAGAUACAACAAUGACACAAAUGUAAGUGAAUAUUUGUGCAAACAUCUUCCUAUGUACGAUACCGACAAUGUGAUCUACCUUCCUACUGACCAUAUUGAGAUUUUGUGGGAUAUAAAAGAAAACGGUAGUCAAAUUGAAGAUUAUUACGUCGGACUUGGUCUAAAAUCUGGUAAUAAGACAUCAGCCUCUAUUGUUGAUUACAAAUCUACCAAUGGAAAGAGAAAUUUCAAAAUCGGACACACCGGUGUAGGGUCUGGAAUUUUAUUUUACGCAUAUAUAAAAGCAGUAAACAAAGCAAAGACGGAAACAAUUACAGUAUUAGGUCCCAUCCUUAUUGAUGAAACACCUCCGAUUUUCAAUACUAAACCAACUAUUCGCUUGGGAACACAUUUAAUAACAAUUGGCUGGGACAAAAGUACAGUUUACGAUCCUGAGCAAAGCGAUCAAGUCAAUCAAAUCUUUUUUCAAAUAGCUCAUGAUACUAAUGUUGUAUCUCCAUUUUUGGAAUGGCGGUUGGAAGAUAAAAAUUCUUGUUCAAAUUUUUCCGGAGGAUGCAUUACUUAUCCUUUAGAAAGGUUGCAAAAGAUGGACACAGAUUCAGGAUUAAAUUUUACAAUAAAGGUGUUUGCAUAUAACAAUGCCGGACACUUUGCAACAGAAGUAACAGAACCAUUUAGGAUCCCUUCACGAUAUCCACCAGGCUAUGCGAUAGUUAAAGAUGUUGACCCUUUUGGUCAUACGAGAACGCAUAUAAGGGACGUGGAUGUUCAUUUUACUACAAAUAAACUUUGUACUGAAUGGAAUGGCUUUGCACACCACGAACAUGUUGCUAUAGAAAUCGGUGUAGGAACAAAUAACGUGACUACAAAUGUUAUCCCAUAUCAGGCCACAAAUGGUUCAAAUGUUGCAUGCAUUCAAUCUAGGGCAAUUGUCUUCAAUAUAAAGUACUUUAUUCUAUUGAGAGCUACUUGCUCUGGUGGAGAAACUAUUUCUAGCUCAAAUGGAGUCACCAUUUUAAAUGAAACAAAUUUAACGGAAAAUUUUAAAAUUUGCAUUGGGGUAGCCUUAUUCAAUACGGAAUGGAUUCCACAAUUGCCACAAAAUUCAUCGCAAGCAAACUUCUGUGCUUCCAGAAAUCUCGAGCUUGGGCAAAAAUCCACUCUUAUUAUAAAUGGCGUGAAUAGAAAUACUUUCGUAAAAGUGAAUCAAUAUAUGUUUAUAGACGGCAUUGAAUACUUCAAUAGCAGCAUGAAAGUAGAAACUAUUAUUGUAUCAGUCGAAGAGAAGCCAUGCAUAGCAAUUUAUAAUGAGCCGUUGCGAAACAUAUCUGUCGAAACGUAUCACAAUUCCGAUGAUUGGAAAAGGUUUAUGAAAGAAACAAAUACAUUUCCCGUUUCAUGGAAAUCCCACGAAAACACCUCUAUUCUCCGCCAUUUAAGAUAUAAAAUAGCUUUAAGCAAACUAAGUGACGCUUUGCAGAACACACAACUUUACAAAGUUAUUACGGAUUGGACAAAUGCAGAUAGAAACUCAUCGCAUGUCAUUCAUACUCAUUCACUUUCCCAGAGUAGUGAAUACGCCAUACUUAUAAGGAUAUGUACUUCAAAUAGAUGUAUCGCCCAAAUUGUUUCCAAGACAUUUAAAAUAGAACAAUCAAUAGAAGCCGGACGAAUAAGGUCAUUUAACCUGGAGCUGAGCAAUAAAAAAUCGUGUAUUGGUAUUAAUCUUGAGUGGGAAAUGUUCCGAGCAAAGAGUAAUAUUUUAGUGUAUCAGUGGUCAAUUAGCAAAGAUAAAGAAGCAAAUGAUGUUCUGGCGAUAUGGAGAACUGUAUCUAACAACGGAGAUUCGGUUUACAAGGUAUCUAUGUGUAUAAAAGUACCCGUUCUCAGGCAUUCUACACUAUACCUCUGUGUAAGAGCAUUUUCUACAGCUGGAAACACCAAAACAAUCUGUAAGACAGCUUCAGUUGUUGUGGAAGCUGAAUUCGAUACAAAUACUUUAUAUGACAUAGAUUCAUCAUUGCCGUCAUGGAAAAUAAUCAAAGAGAUGAUACAUAGUUCAAACAUAGGAAGCAAUAAUGCAGUAUUGCACAAUUCAGAAAUGGACUUUGGGAAUACGAAUACCUCAGUUGUAGGGAUAAUUAUGUAUGCAACAGAAAGAAAAGUAAACUGGUUCCUGAUGAAACACAAGCACGUUCCGGAUUUUAAUCAAUGUGAAAAGGAUUCUGAUUGUGUCUUUACAACACAAACACAAAACGGAUUUGUUUUGUUUGACAAAAAAGUAAUUGAGAAAAAUACUUUUUAUUACACAUGCGCGUAUUCAAAUGCAAGCUCCGUUUCGCGUGAAUUAUUCACAGAAAUGUUCUCCGAGAUUCGUGUUUGUAGUAAUGGUUUCAUUAUUGAUGACACUCCACCGUUUGGUGGACAUGUAACUGUAUUACACUCUGGCGGGUUUAUAACCAGACGCGGGGAACUGAACAUCUACUGGAGUGGUUUCGAUGAUAACGUAGAUACAGCCCAACUUGGUUAUGUGGAUAGAAUAAAAUUCUAUUCUUGUGCAGUCGGAAAAAGACCCGGUAGCGAAGACAUUGUACAGUACAUCGAUGUUGGAAACACACAACAUGCGGUGAUAAGGAGUUUUACUGUUAUAGAUGGAAAUGUUAUAUAUGCUUCAGUCAAAGCAACGGACCAUGCUGGACUUUCACGUGUCGUAUAUUCAAACGAGAUGACUGUCGACAGUUCGCCACCUGUGUCGGGCAAAAUCAGUAUAAAUGCAGACUCUGAGUACAUCAGUUCAAAAUCGGUUGAAAUAGGUCUCACUGGUUUCUCUGACGAUCAAAGCGGUAUAGAAUAUUUUGAAGUCGCAUUUGGGUCAGAUGAAUACUUAGAAGAUGUUCAAACAGGAUCAAAGUUUUUAUCAGACAAUAUCGAAGUAGACUUACCGGAAAACAUGCAUGACGGACAUAAGUAUUUCAUUAAAGCAAAGGCCACGAAUAGAGCAGGGUUAUCGUCAACAUCCGUUUCAGUGGUGAUAAUUCCUGAUCGAUCCGCUCCUACAGGGGGAGUCGUUAUUGACGGAGACGGAGACAGGCUGUUCUACAAAGACCGAGAUUUUCAAAAGGAACUAGGAUAUAUUCAAGGUCACUGGAAAGGUUUCAACGACCCACAUAGUGGUGUUAACUUUUAUAGAGUUGGUCUUGGUACCAAACGAUACCAGGAUGAUGUUGAAGAAAUGAUGGACGUCGGUCUUCACACAGAUAUUAUAUGGAAUGGUACAUACGAAGUUGGGAAAAAGUAUUUUCUUACGGUAGAAGCAUGCAAUGGUGCAAAACUGUGUCAGUCAGUCUCGUCAGAUGGUAUUUUACUGGAUAACUCACCUCCUAUACAUGGUAUUGUCAAAGUUGGCAACGGGAUACAGCAUCAAAAAUACGUUCCGACAGGAAAAUCCGUGCAUAUCCGAUGGGUUGGUUAUGAAGACCCACAGUCAGGUAUAGAUCAUUAUGAGUAUUGCCUAGGAACUAAGCCUUUAUUAUGCGAUGCGUUAUCAUUUCAACCUUGCUUACUCGAGUCUAGCAUUAUUAAGACUGGAUUAAAUCUAACACAUGGCGACUCAUAUUAUGCAUCUGUGAAAGCUUUUAACAGAGUUGGAUUGAGCGUUACAACCGUCUCAGAUUCCUUUACAAUUGAUAAUACACCGCCUGUGAUAAUAGAAAAACCGACAUUUAAUACCGAUGGCAUGGCAGGAUUAGAGGCCCAAUGGGAUAGAUCUGUGUUAAAAAUUACCUGGAAAUUUAUUGAUGAUGAAAGUAAAAUUGCCUUUCACAUAAUCACAUUGAAAACUCAUCACGAAGGACAUACACCUGUAGAGCAUAUGCAUUUAGGUAAUGUUGAUUCAUUGACAAUAGGUCUUAAUGAGACAAAUUGGCUUCAUAACGGAGAUAAGUAUUUCGUUCUCAUUACAAGCUGUAACUCUGCUGAACUUUGCACGACAAGCCAAUCAGAAAAUCUACUUAUAGAUUCUUCUCCACCUCACCAAGGAGGUUUCAAGCCACCAAUGACAUGGCGUAAUUUUAUUGAUGCAUCAAGUCAGGCCAGAUCUAAAAUUAUGAUAACAUGGUAUGGCUUUGUUGAUGCAGAAUCAGCUAUAGAUGCGUAUUACUUAACGGUUAGUCGAAGUUAUAGUGGGGAUGAGCUUUCCGGUGGAACUAUAGCUAGAGAUGCAAAAAAUGAUUUAGAUGUAAAGAAUACUACAAUCGUUCUCAGCGAUUCGCUUAGAGAAGACGAGUCCUUGAUACUUACUAUAUGGGCGAGGAAUAAAGCUGGUCUGAAUAGUUCUGUUGCAAGAAUUACUGUUAGUGUACUAGUGUCAAACAAAGGAAUUUCUAAAAACAUGUCCGGUGUGUUAGAAAUUCAAAAACAUUCGUGCGACAUACACUACUGUAACAAAGAUUGCACAUGCGCAGUUCUUGGCAGCCCGUGCGUAGAUGUUCAAAUUAAUCAAAAAUGUACAAAUCUGAACAAAACUGACGUGAUAAGUUUUAAUUAUCCAGAGAUAGAUGUCUUUGGUGGACUUAACAGUAACCGUCGGGACAUUACGGAGUCAUCAGCUUGCCUGUCUGCUCAUUGGAUACCACAGGGUGACGAUAGUAUGAUUCAAAGAUACGAGUGGAGCAUGGGUAUCAUGAAUGAACCUGUUGGUGUAGGAAUAUUAGACUUAAAAUCUGAGACACCGUGGAAAGAUGUUGGAAAACAGGUAGAAACAGUUUACUGUGUAUCCACAAGCUCGGGUCUUCAGCAUGACAUUGACUACCAAGUUUAUGUCAGGGCUUGGUAUACUUGGAAUACAUUUGCGGUUUUUGUUUCUCCACCGAUCCGCAUUGACCACACACCGCCCCACCAUGCAAAAGGGAAGAAUAUCAAAGAUUCAGAUGGAACAUGUUUAUUUGAUUUUGAUGUAAUUGACUGGAUGGAUUCAAUGACUGCUUGUUGGGAUAAAGUUUUUGCCGAUUCACAGGGGAAAAUAAUCUAUUAUACAGUUUCAUUGGGAACCACAAUAAACGGGAGCGACAUAUACGAAGUGAAAAAUGUUGGACUUGCAACCAAUAUUACAGUAUCGAAUCCAAAGCUUUCUCAUGGAACCCAUUACUACUUUACCGUCACAGCUUACAACAGCGUUGGUUUGCAUACAACAUUAUGUUCGGAUGGAUUCCUCAUAGAUAUGGAUACACCAGUUACAGGUGUAGUCUUCAACACAGACAAUCAUUUAGAUUCUGUUUUCCAAUCAUCAAAAACAUCUUUUGGUAUAUCUUGGCACGGUUUUGUUGAUCGUCAGUCUGGCGUUCAGUCCUAUUUUGUUGCAGUUGUUGACAAUUCUGUUACUAAUUACACAAAUGUAACAUUUUUAGAUGUUAAACUGAAAAAUAAGCAUGUCUUUCACGAUAUUGAUCUUCAACACGGAAAGUUAUAUAAGGGCCUUGUAAAGGCUGUAGAUAAGGCAGGACAUUCAACAGAUGCGGUAUCUUCAAAACCAAAAUUAAUUGAUGAAACGGCGCCAAGAUCAUUCGAAUGUGACCAAUAUCAAAACCAAAGAAUUUUACUACAUGAGAAAAUACCAUCUACAAACGGUACAAUAUCGUUCAGCGGAAAUAUGAGCAGCAAUAGAAAUUACAUUUUGAAAGGAAUUCUAACAGGUUCUUCAAGAUCAAUUAAACCAAUAAUAUCAUUUGGAAGAAAUCUCAUUAAGUUGCCAGUAACUAUAAAUAACAAUAACACGGUUGAAUUCCAACAUGACUUUAUAUCAAAUUAUUUUGGGAUUGUUCUAUUUGAAAUAUCUGGACUUGAAGCCUUGGCAUCGGAAACCAACUUCUCGAUUGAUAUUAAAUUGUCCAAGUGUAUCUUAGAUAAAAGGGGGAACGGUAAAGGGUUAACAGUCAGGCAAAUUGGUUCAUCAAAAUUAUUGGUGGACAUAAAGAUUUUAGAUGAAGACAGUUCACUUUACAAGGUUCAGUUAGGACUCGGAACCUCUCCAGGUGGUUUUCAGAUAAAACCAUUAACAGUUGUACAUGUGGAUUCAAGCAGAUAUGUCGACGUGGACGUUCAGAAUGGCGCUAAAAUAUAUGGUACUGUACUGGCAGAAAACCAUGCUGGAUUAAAAUCAGUUUUUAAGUCAGCACCGAUAACAAUGGAUAAAACACCGCCUUUGAUAUCACAAAUCCAACAUGAAUUGACAGCUAAUUCUCUUAAAGUCAGUCAAUCAAAUACAACGUUUCGACUUCAAGUAAAAUGGGAUGUCACAGACAAAGAAAGUGGUGUGAAAUACUGCCUUUGUCGUAUAGGAAAACACCUCGACUUUGAAUAUGUUGAAGGAUACAGAUUAUCUGAUACAAGCGAAACUUGUCUAUUCAAUGGGUUAAACUUAGAACAUGGCGACCUUAUCUUUGUGCAUGUAAAAUGUAUUAACAACGUUGAACUGGCUACUGAAAAGGUUUCCAAAACAAUACCGGUGUCAAUUGAUGCUCCUGACAGCAGUCUUGCUGCUGUUAAUUUUAUUUCUACGGACAAAAGCGUUCACGAUGGAUAUCGUGGAAACAACAACACGACGGCUAUUUCCGGCAACAUACCAUUCAUACAGACUGACCGUUCCCGUCUUAAAUUCGAAUGGAUAGGAUUUGAGGACAUGACAGGCAUCGAUUAUUAUGAAUAUCGACUUGUAUGUCAGAAUGAUACUAUUCUUGACUGGAAACGUAAUGGGAAACAUACAGUUGCAGAAUUAAACGGUGUUGAUCUACAUUCUGGAAUGAUGUACACAGCCGAAGUAAGGGCUAUCAAUUAUGCCCUACAUGCAAGUAACCCUGUCAUCUCACAUGUGGUCGUUCAUAACGAAGAACCUAAGCUUACAGGUAAACCUUUGUCAGUUACCAGAAGAAACCAAUUUGUUGUUUUCGACUGGAAUGGUGUGUUUAAAUUAGUUGACGAUAUCUCUGUAACAUACGAUGUCACUGUAGGAACAAAAUCUGGCUAUUCAGAUAUCCUUGAAUUGAAGAGUACCAAACUGAAUAAAUAUGAAGUCAUUGUUCCGCAGUCAACAAUUAUUGCUCCUGACAUUCGGGAACUUUUCAUCUCCGUCCGGUGCUUAUAUUCGACAGGGUUAUUUACCCUUUACCACUAUAACUAUAAACUGUAAGUUAAAUGGAAACAAUUAGAAACAAAACGCGUUCAAUCCAUACGUUAAUAAUACUUUUAAAAAAUCUUAACAUUAUAAGCAUGUUUGUAAAUAGUUUCCGACUGGUUGUUUGAAUUUAUGUAUAAAUGGUCUGUAAAAUACUGUGCAGUUCUUAAAUGUCCUUUUUCAAAUCACAUACCUUACUUAGGGUAAAAAAUAUGUCAUAUUAAUGCGCUGUAUUUUCAACAUAAUUUUGGAAUAUUUUUAAUGAUUAAUAUAAUAAACUGUAUUAGUGGUUAAUUUUGCGACGUGGAAAUAUUUGCGAUUUUUGCGAUUAAAAAGUAUUCGCAAAUAUUUGAUCACGCAAACAUUAUUUCUUUUUUAAGCAAACCUUCUUCUCUCAUUUGAUAACACUUUUUCAUACAGCAUCUUACAUGAAUAAGUUUGACUGGUACUGAGGUUUAUUUUUCUCAUUGCUUGUUUGUUUAAGUUUGGUAUUAACAUAUCCCAAAUGUUUUAAUGAAACAAUAUAUGUGUUAAUAUCCCAAUAAGUUAUUCAUAUAACAAAAGAAUAUUUCAAAAUUUCAUACAGCAUCUUACAUGAAUAAGUUUGACUGUUCAGGUACUGAGGUUAAUUUUUCUCAUUGCUUGUUUGCUUAAGUUUGGUAUUAACAUAUUCCAAAUGUUUUAAUGAAACAAUAUAUGUGUUAAUAUCACAAUAAGUUAUUCAUAUAACAAAAGAAUAUUUCAAAAUCUGACAAAGAAAUGUGUGAACACAUUGAACAGGUCCUUUAUCAAACAAAUAAUGUAUAUUAUAAACAAAUAAAUAAAUAAUAAAGGUAUUUAACAAGUGAAUAGAGCGAUAACGGCAUAUUUUUCAUGUAUCUGCUUUAUUAAUGAUAUCUCAAAAACUGAAUAAAAUUCAAGAAAUCAUAUUUUCGCAAAUAUUUCCGCACGCAAAAAGUCCACUUUUUGAAAUUCGCAAAAUUUUUGUGACGCAUAAAUAUCCAAUUUAUACAGUAUUGUAAACAAUUUAAUUCAACACAGUUUUUAUAAGAAACUUCAUGCCGUAAAAAACAGUCAUCAAUAACUUAAAGAUAUGCAAACAUAGUUCUUGUAUUCUUUGAAAACGGAUGGAAAUAGUGUAAUAUAUUCAGACAUAGUUUUGUGAACAUUUGAAUGCGUUCGCAUUUAUUAAAGUAUGUCUUCUUUAAAAUAUAUUCGUUAAUCAUGACCUGAGGCGUGUAAUUUUAAUAGUGAUAAUGAUUGAUAAAGGAUAGAUGGUGUUUAUUAUAAGAAUGUCAAUAUGCAUAUAGCUCAUAUAAAAGUUUUCUUUUCCGUCCAAUAACAGUAAUUUUUAAUUUCCCAGUGUUUGUUUUUAUGAUUAUUUAAGCCACUUAUAAUAAUAAUUGUAUUUCUGGAAGACAAUCAAUUUGAUACUGAAUUUUUUGACUCUUAAUAGUUGUUUUCUUCUUCUUUGUUUUCAUUCUUAUCUCAAUUGGUGUUCUGUUAGAUUCAAUCCGUCCACAUAUAUAUUUUCAUUUUUAUUGCGUGUGUGUCACAUAUCGAAAACACUUACAGCAAUAGUUUGUUUUACUGUAAUAUCUACUGUAUAUGUAUAUGCCUUUUGAUAGGUAUUUCAAAUGACAUUUUUUUGUAACAUUCGUGAGGUUUCGUGAUAUAUACCUUCCAGUUAGGUAUUAAAAUGGUCAAGGAGGAGUGCUAGAGCCUACCUGUUUUAAUGCUGUGUGUACAUGCAUAGUAUAUAUAAUGUGCAAAGGAAUUUGUAUAUUUGUAUUAUUAAUGUAAAUAUAAUCAGAGAGCAAUUUAAAA